AUGGUGGUCAAAGGUCCAACCUAUGUGGUGGUCGAAAGCCCAGAUCACAGGGCGGUCCUGGUCGAGCAUAAGUUGCGUGUAGGGGUUAGGCCUACAUGGCAAAAAGGAACUCGGAAGGUAGGAUGUACAGCUCAGGAUAGGCGGACCCAGCCUUACAAGUCAGGACUUACAAGAUACAGGAUAAGACAUGCAGAACAGGGACGUACAAUUCAAGAUAGGCAGACUCAAGCUUACAGGUCAGGACUUACAGGAUACAGGAUAAGACAUGCAGAACAGGGACGCACAAUUCAAGAUAGGCAGACUCAGGCUUAUAGGUUAGAACUUACAGGAUACAGGAUAAGACAUGCAAAACAGGGACGCACAAUUCACGAUAGGCGGACUAAGGAUAGGGAAUGCAGGUCUGUGCCCAUAGGUCAGGGAUUAGGCCUACAUGGCAAGAAGGAACUCGGAAGGAGAACCCCACCUCGUCAUCCUAAUCAUCGUCUUCCGUCAUCCCCCCGCGAUAACCCUCACAGGAAGUACAGCGGCAGCGAUGCAUCUCAACGACCCUCGUUAACACCGACGACAGCACAGCCGGCCUCCAUCCGACUCAGCUUCCGGACAGGAUCAAUCCACAUUCUCGAGACGGCGCUUGUCGUGCCCAUUCUCCAAGUCAAUGCCAUUUGGGGCGACGAGAGCGAAUUCAACGACAUAUUCGAUCUGGAGCACUUCAAGAAGGUUCUUUCAGACGACGUCAAGGUGGUGUCGCCGCUGCCGUCGACUCACAUCAGAAUGAGGCCGGGGGUGGAGAACCAGCUCCCUCUCCACGCCUCCCCUCAGUUGAUCGAGAAAAGAUAUCUCAAGAGACUGAACAGAGAUGGUGUUCUUCUUCUCAGAGGCUUAGAUUCCAGAUUAUCCAAAGAUCUCCCUCCAGAUCUCCAAAAGCUUCGAUGCAUAGUUGAGUUCCAUGCCCUGAGAUUUGCUGCGCCGAUCCAAGAGUUCGGGGAUAAGCUCGCCAGUAGGAUGCGCAGCAAGGGACCUUACCUCGCGCUGCACCUACGGUUGGAGAAGGACGUGUGGGUGCGCACCGGGUGCUUCCCCGGACUCAGCCCGGAAUACGACGAGACCAUCCGCCGGGAGAGGAAGCUACGACCGAAGGUCCUCACAGGAAGAUCGAACAUGACGUUCCACGAGCGCAAGCUUGCCGGAUUCUGCCCGUUGAACGCUCUGGAGAUCACCAGGCUCCUGAAAGCACUCGGAACUCCCAGGGACGCAAUGAUCUACUGGGCCGGCGGGCGGCCACUGGGCGGCGCUGAGGCGCUGCGGCCUCUGACCACCGCGUUCCCGAAUGUCUACAACAAGGAGAGCAUCUCUUCGCCGGGCGAGCUGCGGCCGUUCGCGAGCCGGGCGUCGGUGCUGGCUGCGGUGGACUACAUAGUCUGCGAGCAGAGCGACGUGUUCAUGCCGUCGCACGGCGGGAACAUGGGGCACCUGAUGCAGGGCCACCGGGCCUUCGCCGGGCACAGGAAAUUCAUCACUCCGAACAAGCGACAGAUGCUGCCGUUGUUCCUUGAUGCCUCUCUUCCGGAGCGUGAGUUUGAGCGGAUCGUGAAGGAGCUGCACUGGGGAUCGACGGGGCAGCCGGAGUGGCGCACUGGCAAGGCCAGCAAGGACGUGACUGCUUACCCUAUCCAUGAGUGCAUGUGUAAGGGAACGAGCGCAGAGGUGAGGAGAUGA